AUGACAGAUCACACCGGCAACAACGGCUGGCAGGGCCUGCAGCUUGGCUUCGUCCCCAUUAACCAAGCAGACUCGCCUCCUGAAUCUAAAAGGCGACGGGCGUACUUGUCUUGCGAACGAUGUCGUAAGCGCAAGACUCGUUGCGAGCCAGCGUCAGACCAAAAGCAGCCGUGUAAGCGAUGCUCAGCCGACAAUCAACUUUGUGAAUUCAGAGCGUCGCGACGCACCAAACGAAGAUUGUCGCUUCCAGCUGAAAACACCGAGCCAGUUUCGCGUCACAGCAACACGGUCACCGAUGUCGGCAUCCCUUCUUUGACACCACUUUCGUCUCAAGAUAUCCCAGUUCGCCCCAAUGAAAGAGAAUACGUAGAUGACAUGCCCGUCACCGACAGUUCCCAAGGUCCAAGGUCGCCAACCGCACUCGACGCAAGAACACGAAUUAUUUCAACACAUAUAAGUAAUGCAUCGGAUGCCCUCGACCUUCUGACCUUCGCUGCGAGCGGUACCCAUGCUUACAACAACGCUUCUGCCUCGCCCAGCCGCGAAAGCCAAGUUCCAUCUACUGCCUCCCCAGCCGGUAUCACAUAUACAGCCCUCAGUCGAGACAGAGCAUGGAAAGGCUUCUCCCUUAUCAGGAAAGGAAUCUUAUCUCAACAAGAAGUGAUGGACUACCUAGGUUUCUACUUUGAUCAGUUAUGGCCCCUCAAGCCAGUUAUACCGUCUUGCUACCGCGAUCGAGCCACAGAUGGCCAGCUUGUUGCUGAGGAGCCUCUUUUGGUGGUCUGUCUCGUCACGCUCUCUUCGAGAUACUUCCCACUGCCUGGAGAUCACGGCGAGAUUAGGUCAGAGCGUAUACAUUGGCAAGCGUGGAGGAUCCUACAACGAUCUCUUCAGUCCGUCAUGUGGGGUUCUACGACGACGCGUUCUCUUGGAGCGGUAGCGUCGAUGCUACUUCUGAUUGACUGGCAUGUGAAGGCGAUCAAUAACCCGUCUGACUUCACAGAAGGAGAGGAAGAAGCUUAUGAUCAUCCCGAUAGCCAUGGUUUCAAGCUUUCGUCUAACAAUACGGACUCACUCACCGGACAGCGACGGUACGGCAUGGUAUCGCUAAUGGAAAGGUUGAAUAUUGUAUCGCCUGCAUAUCGGAGCAAUAAGAUGUCUUGGUAA